AUGACUCACAAAUUAAUUAUGCUUGUGAGCAUGGUGGUUCUUCACAGCACGUUUAUAAGUGGAAAAACCACAUGUGAACGGCGCCUAGUGGAGGAAUGGCAUACACAUCCCUCGUCAUAUGUGGUGAAUUGGACACUAACAGGAAAUAUUUGCAUGGACUUCUAUGGAGAUUGCUGGUUUGGAGACGGAACUUCUAAAAUGAAUACUUCAGGCAAUCAAGUCGUUCCCCAGAUUUGCCCUUUGCAAAUUCAAUUAGGAGACAUCCUUGUCAUUUCUUCUGAACCAUCUCUUCGAUAUCCAGAUAUAAAUCUGAUGAAUGUUUCUGAAGUAUCAUUCAUUGACUGUCUGCAAAAUACCACAGCUGAGGAUCAGUUACUUUUUGGUUGCAAACUAAACGGAAUGCACACUGUUAAUCCUAGGUGGCUGAGUGUUGGGACACACUAUUUUAUCACAGUAAUGGCAAGUGGUCCAGCCCUUUGUCAGCUGGGACUUCGACUAAACGUGACAGUAAAAGAGCAGUUCUGCCAGGAAUAUCCGAGUUCAGAAUUUUGCUCUGGACGUGGUAAAUGUCUUACUGAAGUUUGGAGCAAGACAUACAGCUGCCAUUGUCCGCCUCCAUUUUCUGGAAAGUACUGCCAAGAACUUGAUGCAUGUUCUUAUAAACCAUGCAAAAAUAAUGGCAAUUGCAUUAAUAAAAAAGAAAAAUGGAAUAAACAAGGAUAUGAAUGUAUCUGUCUCCCACCAUUUACAGUCAUAAAUUGCUCAGAAAUAAUUGCCCAAUGUCAACCACAUGUCUGUUUCCAUGGAAACUGCAGCAUUGUCACUGCAGAUAGUUUCAUUUGUGAAUGUGAGGAAUUUUUCACAGGUCCAUCCUGUGAGGAGUCAGUGGAACACUGUGUUUCUCAGUCUUGUUGGAAAGGAGGAAUUAGUCAAAACGAGAGCUCUGCUUACAUCGGGGAAUGCCUGGAAGGAUUUCUCAAUCAAAAUUGUGAAACUGAUGUCAAUGAGUGUUCACUGAUACCAUGUCAUAAUAAUACUGACGGCAUUCAUAUUCCAAAGGAUAUCAUAUGCAUGUGUUUACCAAUACUGACAGGCGAGCUUUGUAAGCGACUUCAAACACCACACGGGUCAUUUCCUUGCAAGACCAAUGCCACAAGUAUAAAAUAUGACAAAGAUGACCAUUGCAGUGGUACGGCAGGACUGACUGGAAAAAACUGUGAGAAAGUAGUUGACCACUGUAGACUGCUCAGCGUCAACUGUCUGAAUGAAGGAUGGUGUUUCAAUAUAAUUGGAAGAUUCAGAUAUAUAUGCACUCUAGGGUGCACAAGAAAUUCCUAUUGGUUUGUGAGGAAUGCUUGCUCAGGUCAUCUGUAUCCCUGCUACUGUGGAAUCAUCAGCCAUGAUGUUUACCAAGCUGAAGGAUGUAAGCAUGUGUGGAAAUUGGGAUUUACAGGAUGUAAAGGUGGAAAACAUGAAGUGGUUACCGGUGCCCACUUCUUUCUCACCCCCAACUGCACAGAAUGCGCCAUCCAUGUGAACCAAUCUGAAGCCACUGGUCGAAUAUGUUGGUUGCGACAUGAAGGAACAAGGGAGAUGUGUGUAAAUGAAUGUAGUUGUAUGACGAAAGAAGAUAAUAAGAGAUAUUGGCAUCUCUGUAUUCCAGCAUCACUUUGCAAAAUGUUUGCAGAAAAUACAACUGGCUAUGAAGAAACUGGGUGUCAACAUGAAGCUAUUUAUGAAGAUGAAUUCAAUAAAUCCAGAUGCAGCUGUUCUCUCAGCCACGUUGACGGAUUCCGUGUUCUCACCAUUGAAGGGUGCGUAGGAAACGAGAGUACAUCAGUGCUCAGCCUCUGCCAAGUCCGUUGGCACAACUGCAGCUGUCUGCAAAGACAUGAAAGACACAUCUGUGAAACAGAAACUGAGGAUUGUCCAUCUGUGCUCUGCAAAACUGCAGCAACAGGUACACCUUUCAGUGGCUAUUUCUUUUGCAAAUGUGUUCCAGGAUUUCCAGGGACAAGAUAUGAAAUAGAUGUAGAUGAAUAGGCUUCACAUCCCUGCAGGAAGGGAGCCACCUGCAUUGACCAAGCUGGUAAUUAUUUCUGCCAAUGCAUGGUUCCAUUGAAAGUGGUUGACGGCGUCUCCCGUUUGGGCAGCCCUGGCUCUGCUGGUCUGCGACAGGACCCUGAUGAUUGCAUCCUGAAUGCCCACCAGAACAGUUCCACCUGCAAAGACCUACAUCUCAGCUACCAGUGUGUGCGCCUUUCUGGUUGGGAAGGAAAUUUUUGUGAACAAGAAUCCAGUGACUGCAAAACGAAUCCUUGUAAGAACAAUUCUACCUGUACUGACUUUGGCAAUAGUUAUCGCUGUGAAUGUCCACCUGGAUGGACUGGACAAAACUGUAGUGAAGAAAUAAAUGAAUGUGACUCUGACCCGUGCAUGAAUGGAGCUCUUUGUCAUGAAUCUUCCAUCCCUGGACAAUUUGUGUGCCUCUGCCCACCCUUCUAUACUGGAAAAUUCUGCCAUCAGCACCAUAACCCCUGCGAUCCACUCAGUGAUCCUUGCCAAAACAACUCAACGUGCUUGGCUUUGGUAGAUGGAAGUCAUUCUUGUGUUUGUAGAGAAGGUUUUAAGGGUGAAUACUGUGAAAUUACCAUGAGUGAGUGCCUCUCCCUUCCUUGUCAGAAUUACGGUGACUGUAAAGAUGGGCUCAACAAUUCCAGGUGUGUUUGCAGACCUGGCUUUUCUGGACCUCUGUGUGAAAGUGAAACUAAUGAGUGUUUCUCUAACCCUUGCAAAAACAAUGGAAUCUGUGUGGAUCUGACAAACAUAUUUUUAUGUAAUUGUGGACCUGGGUAUCAUGGAUCUUUUUGUGAACUGGAUAUAAAUAAAUUUGAAAUCUCACCUUGUCCUAAUGGAGAAAAUUGUGUCAACAGAACAGGUGUAUGCCUCUGCCUCUGUGCUCCUGGUUAUACAGGCAUCGACUGUGAAGCAAAUAUAGAUGAAUGUCUGUCAAAGCCCUGUCUCCAUGAUGGACCCGGCACUGAUGGCAUCAAUCAUUACACCUGUGACUGCAAGAGUGGGUGUUUCAGGACACACUGUGAAGCAAAUGCAAAUGAGUGUCUCUCAAAUCCUUGUCUACCUGGAAGAUGCACAGAUUUCAUUGAUGUGUAUCAAUGUUUGCGUGAUGCAGAAUGGAUUAGCUCGAGAUGUGAGAUCCAGAUUAGUAAUUGCACAUCCAUCCCUUGUGUGAAUGAAGGCUUCUGCUGGAAGGCAGUCCACAACUUUACUUGCAUUUGCCCACGUGAAUCUACUGGUGCUCGCUGUGAAAUAAAUACCAGCAGUUGUGCUGAGUCUGAGCUGAAUGUGGUCCUCUGUCUAAAUGGAGGGAUUUGUGCUGAAGGACCUGGACACACUUUCUACUGCAGAUGUCUUCCUGGAUUUUCUGGGCAAUUUUGUGAAAUUAAUAUAAAUGCAUGUUCUUCAUCACCAUGUCUAAAUGGUGCAGACCGGGAGGAUCACAUCAACACAUUUGUUUGCAAAUGUCAACAAGGAAGGUCAGGACAUCACUGUGAGAAGGAAUUUGAUGGAUGCCUUUCCAACUUACAUGUUUGUGGAACAUGCGUAGAAAAUGAACUUGGCCUUGGCUUGACAUGUAUAUGCACAUCUGGAUUUGUGACCUGCUCCAUUGGGCUUCUUUGUGGUAAUGAAACAGGAAGAAUCACCUGUUUAUGUCCUGGUUCUCAACGGACAGACGUCAAUUCCACACACACAUACCCACUGCCCACUUCUGAGACUUCAGUCAGUAGCCUCCCGCCUGGAAGGGCUGCAAGACUGUGGCCCAUAAUGAAUACGUCUCCUGCUGAUCAAAGUCCAAAACAGACAGACAUUUUCAAGCAUGAUAAUCUCCCAACCACUGGUUUGGCAGCAUUAAAUCCUGGCACAUCCUUUGAAAGCGAUUUACCGGAAGAACUGAUUUCCACGAGAGAGCUUUCAGCCAAACACAGUCUUCUUUCUUCUGCAGACGUUUCCUCUUCUCCAUUUACGAAUUUUGGCGUGCAUGACCCAGCACGCUCUGUCGGGGGCAAAACAUCUGCAUCACAGACGCCCACCCAGACUUCACCGGGCGCACCAGGACUCUUUUUCCCUGGUAGGGGAGAGAGGAGGACCCCGUUUGGCAUCUCUUCCUCGAUGACAGGUUUUAUUUUUCCUUCACAAUCUUUACUAUCUGAGCUCUAUCAGACUGAUGCCUUGUCUGCUCCCACGAUGAGUUCGGCAAUUAGUGGCAUUCCAGGGGCUGAUGUUGAGUUAAACAGACACUCAUUACUCUCCCGUGGAUUCCUGCUUACCACUGCUUCCGCAAGUGCACCUCCAGUUGGGGGUGCUCGUGGGGUUCAAGAGGGUAUUGAAGAAUAUUCAGCUGUCUCUUUCAUUUCAAGAGGAGAGUCCAGGAGACAGCUGAGCUCUGCGAUGUGUUGCGUGUCUCCCGCGAAGAUAAUUACAUCCAGCCAGGUAGCCAUCUUACACCCAUCAGCGCGGCCCCGGUCCCCCGCGCCAGCCUCCGCUCCCAGUGAGUAUCAGGUUAUUACUGAAGCAUCUAGCAACAGGAGACUCGCAAACAGCACACCACAGGCUGCUGAUUCUUUAAGUGAAUUAAGCCAAACAUGUGCAACAUGCUCUAUGACUGAAAUAAAAUCCUCUCAUGAAUUCUCAGAUCAAGUUUUGCAUAGCAAACAGUCCCACUUUUAUGAGACAUUCUGGAUGAACUCAGCGAUAUUAGCCAGCUGGCAUGCACUAAUGGGAACUCAAACUACCACUUCUGGGCAUUCGUUGUCUUCCGCUGCUGAAAUAAUGCCAUCAGUGGCAAACACAGAACUGUCAUCUUUAUUUCCUUCUAAAAAGAGUACAAAAAGAAGAGUUUUGUCCCCAUCCUUAGAGGAAUGCAUUACCCAAUCAAGUAAUUUGGAUGUUAAUUUAUGUUUGGAUAAGGUUUGUUUAUCCAUUGUCCCUUCACAAACUGUCUCUUCAGACCUGAUGAAUUCUGAUUUGACUUCAAAACUGACUACUGAGCAUCCUUCGGUAUCAGAAAACAUUUUUAAACUAUUGAAAAUGGGACAGUAUGGUAUAACUGUGGGUCCCACUGAGAUGCUGAAUCAAGACAAUUUGUUGGGCGUGCAAGAGCGUGAAGGGUCUCAUACUCAGUUCAAACCUCACACGGGUGAUAGUUCUCUAGAUUUUGAAAUUAACUUACAUAGUCGUCCAGAAAGUACGCAUUCAAGUGACCUCAAAAACAACCCACCACCAUACGUAGACGUCAUGUCUGAUUUUUCAGAAGUCACUGCUGGUGUAGCCUUCUCUACGGUUUCAGCAUCUCAGUUACUUCCAAGACAGACCUCAUUUCCCACAUCUGUACUUAUGCCAGCUAGGACGUAUUACACAGAUUAUCUGACCUUGACAUCUGAAGACGUCAGAAUUUCUUCAGAAUGGUCCAGAUGGGAUCUUCAGCCUAGUGUACAUGGCCAGGAAUCUCCUCCUGCUGGCCAGAGGCUCUCCGUCACCACAUCUCUUCCUCUGUCUUCACUGGAGCUCAUUCCAGCAUCUACUCAGCUGAUUUCUGAUUUCAGCUGUGUUUGUUAUUAUGGAGAUUCCUAUCUAGAAUUUUGGAAUGUGUCUUUAAAUCCACAAAAUAGCAUCUCCCUAGGAUUUCAGACCUCCAGUUCCCAUGGACUCCUGCUCUAUAUGAAGCAAGACUCCAAUUCAGUAGAUGGAUUUUUUAUUCAAUUAUUUAUCAAAAAUGGCACUUUAAAGUACCAUUUUUCUUGUGCUGGUGAAGCAAAAUUGGAAAUCAUUGACACUACUAUUAAAGUGGAUGAUGGACAAAAGUAUACACUGCUUAUCAGGCAAGAAUUGGAUCCAUGCAAGGCUGAACUGACUAUUCUAGGGAAGACUAUGAAAGCAAGCAAAUCUAUUGGUCGCAUGUCUGGAGAACCCCUGCCGGAAUCAGGGGCUGUAUUUAUUGGUGGAGUUCCAGGUCUACAUGGAGCAAACCAGAUUUCUGGACCAGCUGAGAACUUUACGGGCUGCAUAGAAAUUAUAGAAGUCAAUAACUGGGGUUCGUUCAUCCCGUCCAAGGCAGUGAAAAAAAUCCACAUCGACAGUUGCAGAUCCCCGGAUCCUGCUCUGUCCGCAGCAUCUCCCUCUGUCGUUCCUCCUGAGGUCACGGGAGGGGCUGGCCCCACGCCAGCCUCGCUGGCCCCUCGCCCCGCUCCAGCCGCCUGCCGGGGACCCGUGUGCCACAAUGGGGGCACCUGCCGCACAGUCUUCCUCCCGAGUGGCGCCUUCUCAUUCCAGUGCGACUGUCCGCUCCAUUUCACUGGUCGGUUCUGUGAACGAGAUGCAGAUUUAUUUUUUCCAUCGUUCAACGGGAAUUCCUAUUUAGAACUGCCUUUUUUUACAUUCUUGGAGGAGCUGAAGCUUGUCCCGGAGAAGGAACAUAACAGAAGUGUUACCAUCUACUUAAUGAUAAAAACAAACACUUUGAAUGGAACUAUUCUCUACAGCAAUGAGAAGAAUUUUGGACAUCAGUUUCUUCACUUAUUUCUUGUGGAAGGAAGGCCCACAGUUAAAUAUGGAUGUGGAAGCUCUGAAAAUAUCUUGACUCUUUCCGCUAAUUAUAGCAUUAACAAAAAUGUAUUCGUCCCUAUCACAGUACGCUACACGAUGCCUGUUGGCAGCCCUGGGGUUGCCUGUAUGAUUGAAAUGAGUGCAGACAGAAAACCUCCAAUAAGGAAGGAAGACACAGAGAUACCUCACGUCUCCCCGGUGUAUUUUGAAAAAAUAUUCCUUGGCCAUAUCCCCACAAAUGUUGAGAUCCAUAAGAAUGCAGGCCCCGUUUAUGGAUUCAAGGGCUGCAUUCAAGAGCUUCAGGUAAACAACAGAGAGUUCUUCAUCAUCGACGAAGCUCUACGUGGGAAGAACAUUGAGAACUGCCACGUCCUUGGCUGUACUCACCAUCUGUGUCGCAACAAUGGCACCUGCGUCAGUGACAGAGAAAACUGGUUUUGUGAGUGUCCAAGGCUGUAUUCGGGCAAGCUGUGCCAGUUUGCGACUUGUGAAAACAACCCCUGUGGGAAUGGUGCCACCUGUGUCCCUAAAUCUGGGACAGACAUCAUCUGCCUCUGCCCGUUUGGGAGGUCUGGACUCCUCUGCACUGAAGCUGUUAACGUCACUCAGCCCAGGUUCAGCGGGAUGGAUGCCUUUGGAUACACCUCGUUCCUGGCUUACGCACGGAUCCCAGACAUCAGCUUCGAUUACGAGUUCCGCUUGCAGUUUCAGCUGGCAAACCACCACUCGGCGCUGCAGGAUAACUUGAUAUUUUUCACCGGACAGAAGGGCCAUGGGCUGAGUGGUGAUGACUUCCUGGCCGUGGGUCUACGCGGGGGCAGCGUGGUUUACACUUACAACCUGGGAUCUGGCACAGCAAGUAUCAGCAGCGAUCCCCUGGAUUUGAGCCGUGGGAUCCACACAGUGCAUCUGGGGAGGUCCUUCCGAGCAGGCUGGCUGAAGGUAGAUGAUCAUGAAAAUAAAUCUGUCAUCUCCCCAGGAAAGCUGGUUGGUCUCAACGUCUUCGGCCAGUUUUAUGUAGGCGGCUGCAGCGAGUACACUCCAGAGCUCUUACCGGACGGAGCUGAUUUUAAAAACGGCUUUCAAGGCUGUAUAUUUACUAUUCAAGUUCGCACUAAGAAGAAGGGCCAUUUCAGAAGCCUGGGGAGUCCCGAGGGCCACCCGAGUGCUGGGCGCAGCGUCGGCCAGUGCGAUGCUUCUCCUUGUAGCCUGAUGCAAUGUGGCAACGGCGGGACGUGCGUGGAGAGCGGGGCGACUGUAUACUGUAACUGCCCUAGCGGCUGGAAGGGAGCACUCUGCACGGAGACCGUUUCCACCUGUGACCCUGAGCAUGCCCCUCCACACCACUGCAGCCAAGGAGCUACCUGUGUGCCGUUGCCUCGUGGAUACACCUGUUACUGUCCUCUGGGGACCACUGGAGUCUACUGUGAACAAGCUUUGUCCAUAAGUGAUCCGUCUUUCAAAAGCCAUGAAUUAUCCUGGAUGUCUUUUGCUUCCUUUCAUAUUCGAAAAAAGACACAUAUCCAGUUGCAGUUUCAGCCUCUUGCAGCGGAUGGCAUCCUCUUUUACGUUGCACAACACUUAAAAGCACAAUCAGGUGAUUUUUUAUGUAUCUCUUUAGCAAAUGGUUCUGUUCAACUUCGCUACAACCUUGGUGACAGAACUAUCAUUCUAGAGACGCUCCAAAAAGUAACCAUUACUGGAAGCACCUGGCAUGUGAUUAAAGCAGGAAGAGAUGGUGCAGAAGGCUACCUGGAUCUGGAUGGGAUCAAUGUAACAGGAAAAGCCAUUGCUAAAAUGAGUUACCUGGAUACAAAUACUGACUUCUAUAUUGGAGGAGUGUCAUCCUUAAAUCUUGUUAAUCCCAUGGCAACAGCAAAUGAACCUGUAGGUUUCCAAGGUUGUGUCCGGGAAGUUAUUAUAAACCAUCAAGAAUUACAGUUAACUGAAUUAGGAGCAAAAGGUGGCUCAAAUGUAGGUGACUGUGAUGGGACAGCCUGUGGGUACAGUGUGUGCAAAAAUAGAGGCGAAUGUAUAGUAAAUGGCACAACUUUCUCUUGCAGAUGUUUGCCACACUGGGCUGGAAAUACAUGCGACCAGUCUGUGCACUGUUUGAGUAAUCUCUGUCUCCACCAGUCUCUGUGUGUCCCUGGCCAAUCAUUUUCUUACAGUUGUUUAUGUACUUUGGGUUGGGUGGGAAGGUACUGUGAAAACAAAACUUCAUUUUCAACUGCAAAGUUUGUAAGUAAUUCUUACAUUAAGUUCAUUGAUCCAGAUUACAGAAUGAGAAACCUUCAGUUCACUACUGUAUCCUUCAGUUUCAGUACUACUGAAACAGAAGGUUUAAUUGCAUGGAUAGGGAAAGCUCAAGAUGAAGAAAAUGAUUUUCUGGCAAUUGGUCUCCAUAAUCAGACCUUAAAAAUAGCAGUUAAUUUAGGAGAAGGCAUCUCUGUACCUAUGAUUUAUAGCAACGACACAUUCUGUUGUAAUCAAUGGCACCAUUUAAUUAUAACUCAAAAUCAGACUCUUAUUAAGGUCUACCUAGAUGACAAUCUAAUUCUCUCUGAGGAUAUUGAUCCACAUAGAAAAUUUGUUGCUCUAAACUAUGGUGGUACUUUUUAUUUAGGGGGCUUUGAAUAUGGUCGAAAUGUAAAUAUCGUUACUCAAGAGAUUUUUAAAAGAAGUUUUGUUGGCAAAAUUAAAGAUGUAUUUUUUCAGGAUUCCAAAAAAAUUGAGUUAAUUAAAUCGGAAGGAUACAAUGUUUAUGAUGGUGAUGAACAAAAUUAGGUUAACAAACUAAAACUAGUGAUUUUAGUAUAUAAAAUAUAUUGUAAAUGCAGUUGAUGGUUAUUUCUUUGGCAAAUUACUAUUACCUGAAAUAGUCUAAAUGCUAACACAUCUUUUUUAUAAGCUUAUAAAACACAGCUGAAGAAAAGAUUUUGGUCAUGUUUCCUACAGCCAAUUUAUCUGAGUCCUCAGUUUUCACUCCAUUAGUUCAUUUAGAGUCCCUUCAUCGGCAAAUUGUUUUUAAAUAAUUUAGGUGGGAAUGAAUUAGUGAUGUGUACAAGAAAACAGAAAAGCGUAAAGUAUUAACUAAAAGAAAAAGUAAAAUUAUAUAAGAAAGGAAAUAUAACCAUAUUCUGUUACAUGGCUCAGCUAUGAAUUUCCUACAUGGCUGCAAUAAUGUGAAAUCUGAAAAUGGACUUAAAUUACUGCAUGAAUGUGGGAAGAUGGAAGAUGAAGGGAAGGAGGCCAGGCUGGUGAAAGUUAAAUCCUUAUCUUCCAGAUUAAGUUAUCAAUAGAUAUUAGUUUUUAUAACUUGAAAAAAACCACGUAUACAUGUCACUUACAAAUAUAAAGGCAAAUAUCCUAAGAAAUAUCUAGAAGAACUGAAAGCAGUCACCUCUGGAUAGAAGACCAAUGCAGACGCUGUUGGACUUUGUUUAUAAACCUUGCAGAAUUACUUGACCUUUUAAACUAUGUAACUAAUCAAAUUUUAAAAUUAAACUUCAUUCACAUUUAACUUUUCAAGUCUACAGUCCCAAAACUGAGCAUAAAACAGGUUCUGAGUAAUGUCAUUGAAAAUUAUUGUUCUGAUGUUAUCUGUACCAUUAAAAGCGUAAUUUGAGAAAGUC